ACCCUAACGUUUCCUGACCCGGAAGUUAAAUCCAUCAGUGAGCCACACGUGUGAAAGGUAAGCGACAAAAUUGAUCACCCGAUGUGUUUUUGAAGGAGAUAUGUUUAUCACUUUCACCCGAGAUUUAACCAUAAGAUCUGAUUUGUUCGCACGUAAGAGCAGUUUAUACUGUAACCCUCUAGAUUUGUUAGAAUCAGGAUUUUCUGUUCUCCUUAUACUCCACAGGCAACAACAAAAUAAUCCGCAGUUUUUGUUUACACCUGCCCUCUGACAGGUUUUGUUUCAUCCAUAACUGUAGGAUUCAUCAUGGGAAAGUCUAAACAAACAGGAAACCACAAGAGUGACAAGAAAAAGCACAUUUCCAAAACAUGGAAGACAAAGCGCAGGACCAAAGACCUGGACCAGAUUCACACAGACAUGAAGCCCGAGACCGCUUCCAAGCUGCUGCAUCAGGACGUGGACUAUGAUGUGACAGGAUGUGCGCAACACUACUGCUUACACUGCGCGUAAGUCUAAUAGUCAUUAAAAAGUUUAAACACCUGAUGAACUUAUAUGAUUUCUUAUAAGCCAUUGGGCUGGAAAAUAGAGCUUUAUGUAUGAACCAUCUUUUACUUCCACUGUCAGAAAAUCCUAAACAAACAUACCAGUGAACAUGAACAGUGUUUUAAAUGAGGUUUGACUUCUUAUUAACUGUUAUUACCGUCUAAUGACAUAGCAGAUCUAAUAUAUCCGCAGAUGAUGUAUAAUAAAACAGUAAAAUAUACUAAAUAAAAAGGAUAAACAGCAACUUAAACAUUUUUUAACUGUAUAGAUAGAGCAUCAUGGAUAAAAUAAGGUUUUUGGAUAGGAAUAUGUCUUAGAAAUGUCCCCUGGUCAGUUCUUCCACAGCAGAGCGGCUAUUAUCAGAACAGCGAACACUAGUUCUCCUGUAGAGUUGACAUUCAAUGUGGGAACAAUAAGGUUCCUGCAUUAAGAUCUAAGGCUGAGCACAGAUUGAUAAAAGCAAAAGAGGUUUAAAACUGUAUUAAACAGGAGUAAUAUUGCCUCUUUUUUGUUGUUGUUUUUGUUAUUAACAAUCUUGUUGCUGAUUUUUGCGCUAAUAAUGAAUUGAUUCAGAUUUAACCUCCCUUUAAAGUCCAUUACAGUAAUCAAAUCAGGGGGUUAAAAUAUAGACAGCUGUGUGUUUGGUUAUAAUGGUCAAUAAUAGUCUCGGACCAAUCACCGAACUUGGGGGGACAGAGCCUUCUCAGUUGCCAUCCCCACCCUCUGGAAUUUACUCCCCAAACCCAUCCGAGGCUGUACUGACCCCCACACUUUUAGAUCCCUCUUAAAAACUAACCUUUAUAAAUUGGCUUUUAACCUGUGAAUCUGUUCUUUUAUUGUGUGUUUUUUAACCUUUUACAUCAUUGAUUUUAUUUGUCAUAAUUUUUCUGUAUUUUAAAUUGUUUGUUUUUUUUAAUUUAUUUUCUUCGUUUUCUUUGUAAGGCAUCUUUGAGCACCUGUAAAAGUGCGUUAUGAAUAAAAUUUAUUAUUAUUAUUAUUAUUAUUAAUGGUGAUCUUAUCUUGGCAGUAUAUUAACAACAUCUGGGUGAAUUAUCAUUUUUGUGUAAGUUAGCCUUUAAUGUGUUUCACUUGAUGUUUUGCAGGAGAUAUUUUGUGGACAUGCAAGCCUUAAAAGAGCAUUUUAAAACCAAAGUGCACAAAAAACGGUAAGAUAACCAGCUUGUUCACUCAUAUUUCUAGUCUGAAAAUGAAUACCCCAAACUCUGUGUUACCAAGCAGAAAUAUGUGCCCAGAGUGCUUUUGAGUGUAUGUCUUUUUCUACUCUCCAGCUUGAAGCAGCUCAGAGAGGAGCCGUACACUCAGGCAGAGGCAGAGAGAGCCGCGGGCAUGGGCUCCUACAUCCCUCCAAAAGUAGUUGAAGUGAAGACUCAGCCUGUGGAGGAGGACAUGGACUGAGAGAAGCACACUUAAACCCAACAGACUGUUAAACUCAGUAGCAGAGGCAGUCACAAAACAGACACUGCUCCUGUUGUUUGGUGCUGAAUCACAUGUUGAAUGAAUUCUUCCCCCGCUGGCCUGUCAGACCUGUGCCUAUUACCAGAAUCAGGGUAAAUCUAACCUGAUACUGUUGUAAUAUGAUGCAAUAUUUUCUGUGUAAAUAUUAAGUGUAUGUGGAAGGCUAAUAAACUCAAAGAUACAAUGGA